AUGAGCAAUAUUCAAUACUAUUACCAGAGCGGUCUCAGGAAGAUAUAUCCUUACUAUCACACAAGGACGGCAUUUGUGAAAGGUAGGUGGCACAAUAGAACGGUCCUGGAUGUACUGGUGAAAGAGUUUCGGGCACAUUCUGCAGAAUACUAUGGCCAUCAGAUAGUGAACGGUAAAUACAAGCUAAUCAGAGACGGCCAAUAUCUCGACAACCUAUCAGUAUUAGAUACGCCAAUAAAAAACAAUGAUAAAUUGGAAUCGACAGUGCACAAGCACGAGCCUCCAGUUUUACAAUGGUGCAGUAACGAGGCAAAUAUACCUGGUAAGAAGAUAGCAGGAAUUGAUAUUGUAUAUGAAGACGAAAACUUAUUGGUAAUAAACAAACCUUGCGGUAUACCAAUUCACCCCACAGGGCUCUAUUAUGGAAAUACACUAACUGAGAUCUUGAAGGUGAAUGGAGUCCAUGCUCUUCCAGCUUACAGACUAGAUAAAGUGACAUCUGGUCUACUAAUACUAUCAAAGGAUACUGGCACUGCUUCUAUGGUUCAAAAGAAGAUACGAUCUCAUGAAAUGCAAAAAUGGUACUUGGCGAGAGUUGAAGGUGCAUUCCCACAUGUCAAUGAAGUACCACAUAUAGAGACUCUAGAAAUACAAAGGCUAGACUUACCAAUUGAGGAACAGAUAAUACAGGAUAACUCAAUUCUUACUAUCGAAGACUCUGAUGUAUACACAGUUGAACCAAAGAAACAGUACCCAUCAGGGUUAAGCGUACCGAGAUCAGCUAAGACAAUAUUUUAUCCCAUUAAAUACUUCCCACAUAAGAAUGAAAGUAUUGUGGCCUGUAGACCAAUAACUGGCCGUACACAUCAAAUAAGAAUACACUUAGCUCGGCUAAAUCACCCAAUUGUUAAUGACACAAUAUAUUCUCAGAAGAUUACUAGAUACCCGGAAAGACUCAACUUUAUCCGUUCGAUAGCCAAUUGGUCAGAAGCAAAACUCACAGAUGAAGAGUUGAGUGAAACGUUUCAAAUAUUCAUACAAGAGUCCGAACAUUUUAAAAAAAAAGCUCUUGCGGAAAAUAAGAACUGUCCUGUGUGCUCUGAAUGUGGUGCACUUACGCUAUCAGAUCCUGAUCCAGAAGAUUUGAGUAUUGAUCUCCAUGCGUGGAGGUAUUCGGAUGCAGAGAAAACUCUCAAUUUUAAGACCGAACUGCCACAAUGGGUGGUUAACGAGUAA